UCCUUAGCUUCACUAGUAACUCACAGCACAACAGCCCAGCACCAAGCCAGUACUCGGGCAUAUCCACAGCGAGAAAAGUAAUCAAAAAGUCUGAAGUCUGUUGCCAAAAAACUUUUGUAUCUUCCGGACAGACGCUGAACAGACAUCUAUCCAUCGAUUUGGAAUUAUUUUAACAGAGCGAGUUUGGAGAAACAUUAAAGGUGUUUUACUGCCAGACAGACAGUCAACUUUACACCCUUCCACAACAACAACAACAACAACAACCCUUGGAGCCUCUUUUGGACCCUACCUGUUCUUCUCUUGUCUGUGUGGCACCCAGUGCUCCCCAGACUGCCUAAAGAGCGGGCACAGCGCCAUGGUAACUUACAGCAAGUUUGACUCCGCAAUGAGCAGCAGCCUCUUGGACUCCAGCAUGCGGCUGCCUCAGCGUUUUAAGACUUUCACUUCCAAAACACAGUAUCAGAUGGUCCUCUCCACACUUCACAAGCUGCAGGAGAGUGGCUUCUAUUGGGGGGCCAUCACUGGGAAGGAGGCCAAUGCCAUGCUUGUGGCCGAGACCACUGGCACAUUCCUCAUCAGAGACAGCUCCGACAACAGGCACCUGUACGCCCUCAGUGUCAAGACGGCGUCAGGCACUAAGAACCUUCGGAUCCAAUGUGACUCUUCCUCUUUCUACCUACAAACAGACCCUAAGAACAUUCAAUCUGUUCCACACUUUGACUGUGUCCUCAAGCUGAUCCAUUUCUAUAUGCCGCAGAGCAAAGUGAAUGCUCGCAGUGGGAAUAUGUACUACAUUUACUCUGGAGGUGAGAAGAUUCCUCUGGAGCUCAUCAAACCUCUCUCCUGCAACUUAUCCACCUUGCAGCACUUGUGCAGGAAAACUGUCAAUGGACAUUUGGACAUUUCUUCUAAAAGAGACCAACUUCCUCAUCCCAUUAGGGAGUUCCUCCAGGAAUAUGAGGCUCCUAUCUAGAGCUGUUUGACUGAUGCUCUUGAAGGGGCAAAGACUAAAAAGGAAACAUAUGGUUUCAGCGGAGCUAGUAAAGACACAUACUGUGUAACAAAGCAGAGACAGUCAAGCCCAAGUUCGGGCUUGUGAAAAGGAGCAGCUCAUUGUACUGACAAGAUGUGUGUAUGUCUCACAGAAAAGUGGGCAACAAAAGCCCAAAAGAAGAGAAGAGAGAGCUGCUGUAAUAUUGUGGUAUGAAAGAGAGAGAGAACCCUCAUUGAUGACAUACAUUUUUACUGAAAACUGAAGUGAAGCUUACAGUCAGCUGUCUACAGUCUGAUGACAGGUUCCCUCUGCUGCUGCUUACCUAAUGUGCUGUGAAGCUGUCGAGCUCACACACAUCAGCCUCAGAAAAAUCAUCUAUCCAUUAAUCCCGGACCGGCUUUUUACGGUCAGGCUGGUUUUUUUUGCUGACCUCGGAUGAUAAUCUUGGACGUAUCAGAGUCUGUCCAGCAUCCUGGCAUCUCUGACCAGCCUGGAAAUUCCAAGACAAUGGAAACUAAGUGGACACUGAUGGCCUUCUUGGUGCAUAUUUGAAACUGCCACCACUGAAAAAUGACAUAAAGAAAUCUAACGAGAUGUUUCAAAAUGUGGAAAGAACACAUGUUUCUGAAAUGUUGUUUAGAGGAAACGUUUAUGCCAAACUUGCCUGACCUAGACAUGACUGAACCCUAGAGGAUCUUACUUGAGAGAACAGUAGUACUGCUGAAUAUGGCUUUAGUGGAGAAAAACAAUGUAUACCAAAAUAUGUAGAAGUAUUUUUGGCACGGAACAGCAUUUCCAUUGCUUGCAGAUGAAUGUAUUAAAAAUGGUAUGUCUUUUCCAGUGAAGGAGAAGAGUCAUAAUGUAUCACAUUUUCAUGAUUUAACAUGAGUGAAGAUAAUGUUUUUGUGCUGUCUUUUAUAAAGAUGUACUUUUGCCAGCCAAACCACUGGCUACAGAUGCUUGAAUAUAUUUGUUUAAUGAAGCAAGCAGACUGAGACGACUUUGCACUUAUUUAUAUUUGUAAAAGAACAUUUCAUUAAUUUAUAAUAAAAGAGCAAUAUUUUUCUAUGAAACAA